CCACAUUCUUUGAUUCUUUCCCACUUUAUAAACAGGCACCCUUUCCAACGGGCCCUUCCAACAGUUGUAAGAUAGCAAAAGAAAAUGAAAGAAACUACUGAAGAAAAAGCCCGCCGUAUCCCUGAAGAAGAAGAAGCAGAACACGGCGGCGAAGGAGAGAUAUUUGGGGUAAUCUUGAGCCGGAGCCGAUCGGUUUCGGCUGCAAUUCAUUUCCAGCAAUCCGCCGUCACGAACAAGGCUGAGGAGAAUAGUAUUUUUAGCGAAAAGACGACGUCGUUCAGCAAGAGGAGAAAAUCAGUUUCAUCAGCAUCUGGUGGAGGCUAUUGCAGGAUUCAUCACCAGCAUUUCAUUAUUGGGGCAGAGCAUGGUGGUGGGGAUGUUCCUCAGCUCAAGGAUUCUCAGAAAAGAACAGAGAAGAAGAAGAAGAAAGGCAAUAGGGUUCUUACAGCGUGCAUGAGGUUACUGGGAUUUUGAUUGAAUGUUUCCAUUUAUCUCAUUUCCCAAGUGUUAAAUGUAACUAUGUAAGUUCUUUUUAUGGGUUAACUUGAAUUGUAUUAUUGUUGAUUUGUUUAGAGUUAAUACCAUGUAUAAGUUGUCUCUCUUAUUAUACAUAAAAUUUGUUCACAAAUUGUACACAGUACGUGUACACGACAACUAGGAGGUGCUUGUACAAUUUGUAUACCAAUUUUGUGUACAAAUAUAAUUUUCCUCUAUCUUUAGGAGCGCGCAUACUUCAUCCGUUCUUAAAUAAG